AUGAACUUUUUUUUUUCUUUGGUGGGCACGGCUAAACGGCAGCUACGAUUUCUUGCAGAGGUAGACAGAAACCGCUGCCUCUACGAUGGCCCAGUUUUAGAACGAGCCAUUUUGAGGUACAAGUAUUGUUGGCUUCCCUUACUUGCCAAACAUACCAAGUUUCAAGUUACAGAAGGCCCUUUAGUUGUGCCUCUUGAUUGUGAAUGGUUAUGGCAUUGUCAUAGGCUCAAUCCGGUGCGUUACAAGAAUGACUGUGAGGAACUUUAUGGGAGAAUUCUUGACAACUGGAAUGUUGCAUCCUCAAUUCAAGGAACUUGCAAAAAGCAAACUGAAGAAAUUUGGAACAUGAUGUAUCCAGCUGAACCAUAUGAAAUCAGUCUGACAAGCAAAUUGACACAGAAUUUUGAUGAAACUAUUUUCCGAGGUUCAAAAAGGACGGACUAUGAUUUAGAUUCAGCUGUCAAAAGGCAAAGUUCUUUCUUUUAUCAGGUAUCUCAGGUCAUCAUGAAUGAUGAUCAAUUGCUUGAAGAAGCAGUGGCCAGGUAUAAGGGGUUUCUACAUUUGAUCAAGAGAAACAAAGAGAGGUCAAUUAAUCAAUUCUGUGUCCCAACUUAUGACAUUGACCUCAUCUGGCAUUCACACCAACUGCAUUCUGCUUCUUACUGUAAAGAUAUGGUGGCAAUAAUGGGCAAGGUAUUAGUGCAUGAUGACACAGAUUCUGAUAGAAGCAAGGGCAAUAAGCUGGAUGUCGGGUUUUCCAGAACCACCAAGCAGUGGGAAGAGGCAUUUGGUUCAAGGUACUGGAGGGCAGGAGUGAUGUAUAGAGGGCGUGCUACAGCUCCUCUUUCUAUUAAUCUUAACCAAUUGAAUAUUGUGAGCAUGAAAGUAGCCCUAUCCAAUGAGUAUCAGAAUAUAAUUCAACUCCCCAAGAAAACUCAAGUGGAGAUUAUGCUGGAGAUUGCCGGGAUCAAAGGAUUGCCAGCUGGUUGCAAGAGCAGCCUCUUUGUCUCUUUUGGUAAGAAACAGCCGGAUGAAAUCUUCAAUGCCAGGAAACAAAUAAGGAUAGACGAGUCAGGAGAGAAACAGUUUGCUGUUUUCCGAUGUGAACCUACUGGAGAGCUUGUCUUUGAACUUAUAACCUCUUCAUCUUUCAACUUACCAAUAGCAGGGCCAGUCAAAGUUUUGGGGACCUCUUCAAUCACUCUAGAGAACCUUCUGAAUCCUAUCUCUAAACUGCUUGUAGAGAAAUGGUUUGACAUGUCACAAAGUUCUGAAGUCAUGGAUUCCAAGCCAAUCAGUUUACUUAUUGCUGUGUCCUCGACUGCUCCCUUUCCAGCACCAUAUGUGGUGCAAAUGGUUCACGAGCAUCCAUUCUCAAAAAGUUCAUGUUUCUUUCCACUUCAUGGAACAUCAGAGCAUACAUAUAUCCUGGAUGGGUCUGGCAAUGAGAUCAUCAGUUUCCACAUGAGGGAAUCAACAAUAAAUGGUAUUUUCAAGAAAGAAGCGAUUGGUAUUCUCACAUCUGGUGCAACUCAAGUGCUUGCAGAGUUUGUUGGAGAAGGGUGGUCUUUAAUGAAUUCUAAUUGGUCACUUCAGCUUCAGAAGAAACUCAGUGAAAAUGGCCAUAUUUUUGAGCUCACAGGUAUCCGGAAGGUGAUUAUUUUUCCUGGUAGAAAACUGGAUUAUGAAUGUAACUACUAUGAGAAGCCGAAAAAUGAACAAGACUUCAUGACAGCCGUUGAAUUCUCUGCAGAAAAUCCGUAUGGAAAAGCCGUGGCUUUGCUCAACCUUAAAUCUGGCUUCCUAAAGAUCAACGAAGAGUGGCUAGUAUUGCCUGGGAUCCUAUCAGCUUUUGUGAUCUCUGAUAUUUUGAGGAAGGAGGACUAUAGUGGUUUCAUCACCAACCACAGGGAGGAUCCAAAAGAAGAUGUCAAGAGCUGCAAUGAGGAGUUUGGAAAAACUAAAAACAACUACUCUGCUGUGGGUGAGAAGAGCACUGUAGUGGCAAAAAUGGAUGGCACAAACUGCGUAAUCCAGUGUUGCAAUGAGUGUGAAGCUUUGGUGAAGGACAGCACGUGUGGAAGGCAUGAUGGUUAUGGCCAUGAACAUAAGCUGAUGAGUGGUCAUUGUGGAGGGUGCGGCGGCAGUUGUGGUGGUGGGGGUAAUUGUGGAGGGUCUGGUAAUUGUGGCAGUGGUGGUUGUGGGGGACGUUGUGGAGGUGGUGGUAGUUGUCGCUAAAAUACAAUGAAUGACUUUUCCUUCAGGCUGCCCCCAAGGAUGCAACAACCCACAGAAAUCAGGCACCUGCUGCAUAAGUUAUGCCACAUUAAGCUUUGAAUUCAACCUAGUCUAGCUAAAUAACAGCUUACAUUGUACUGUAGAUGAUGAUCCAUGGCAUCUAUUACUAAGUACAAUAAAACAUGUCAGUUACUAUUAGUUGAAGCGAAUACUACCAAGUGCGACUAAAAUAUUUUUAUUA